UAACUCACCAGACAGACUACGACAAAGACAGCGACUGUCGCCAAGAGAAGGCCGCUUUUGCAACCGCAGCACAGGGGCGCGGCGCGAUCCACGGCGCGAGGACCGGCGGUGGCGAACGUGAAUGGCUCUUGGAUCCGCGCAGGCGCCUCUCGCGGCCGUGGCCGCCACGUCGGGCGAGAGCGUGAGAAGACGGGCGGGUGAUGCCGUAAGAGGGAGGAGCAGCGCCAACGGGGACGCCGCGAGCUCCAUGGGUUCCCUUUACGAGUUCCGGAACGGGAGAGGGGAGAUCGAGAUGAAUGGGAGCGGCAGCGUCAAGCAAUCUACGCCGCCGCUGCUGCAGCAGAGCGGCACGCCGAAGCUGCUCACGCUGCCGACGGUUCUCACGAUCGGCCGGGUUGCUGCCGUCCCCCUUCUCGUGAGCACUUUCUACAUGGAUGGUCGGUGGGCAACAACUGCUACAACAGGCAUCUUUCUUCUCGCAGCACUUACAGAUUGGCUAGAUGGCUAUAUUGCACGAAAGAUGAGACUAGGAACUGCAUUUGGUGCAUUUUUGGAUCCUGUAGCUGACAAGCUUAUGGUAUCUGCCACUUUGGUUUUGUUGUGCACCAAACCUUUGAAAUGUGCUGUAUUUGGGGAUGUUCCAUGGCUUCUGGCAGCACCUUCAAUCACCAUUAUUGGUAGAGAGAUAACUAUGUCAUCAGUUAGAGAGUGGGCUGCAUCCCAGAAUGGUAGAGCUCUUGAGGCAGUAGCAGUAAAUAGUUUUGGGAAAUGGAAAACAGCAACACAAAUGACUGCACUGACUGUUCUUCUUGCCAGUAGAGAUCCCAGACUUGCAGCGAUGACUGGUUUGGUUGCUGCCGGUGUUGUCCUGCUUUACAUUUCAGCUGGGCUUGCUGUAUGGUCACUAGUUGUGUACAUGAAAAAGAUAUGGAGAUUAUUGCUGAAGUAGUUUAUUUCCAGCUAUAUUUGGCACAAGAACACAAUGGCCAGGACCAUAUACAAGGACAACAGGGAUUUAGAUGGUCUCCCUGCACUAUUCAUCCAGUUGUAUUUGAGUUAUGGAAAGCAUGUGGUUAGCAGAUGGAAUGCAA